AUGGAGGCGCGUCCCAUUGCUCUGGAGCUGGCUGGCAAGCUCCUGUAUCUUUUUAAUCAUGUGUCAGAUAAAGUACGAGAGUCUUCCAUGCUCCUCUUCAAAGAUGUGAUAGAGGCUGUGGUGUGGUGGCAAAAGGGAAAAAUGAAGGAGAAAGUACGCAGGGGCCUGCUUCCUCUGCUCUUUCGGAGCAGUGAUGAGACCUCGAGUGUUGCACAGGCUGCUGGGGAAGCCCUAGUCGCUUCUGCAAGGUUCCUGAAAUGGCAGGAGCUCGAGCAUCAGGCUGAAAAGAGGAAUUUGGUGGGGAUCACGGAGUGCUUGCUACAGCAGAAGAGGAAGAGGGUGGUUAAAAACAUACGGCAGAGCCUGCAGUACCUGACAGAUCCUCAGGCUACUAUGCGACAGGAGGCUCUCUUGUUCAUUGGCUUGGCGUGGAGCUCCUGGAAGCCAAGUGAGGGAAACAGGAAGAAAAUCUACAGUGUUGUCCAUUUUUUGGAACAUGACAGUCAUCCGUUAGUCUGUUCUCAGGCAACUUUGACAACCCAUAUUCUGAGACAUUCACAGCAGCAGAAAAAAUGA